AUGACUUCGGUACACGUCCCGCCACAACAACAACAACAGCAGCAACAGCAACCAUCCAGGCCUACAUCCCCAUCAACCUCUAGAAAUGUCGGUGCCCUUGCUAGCUCAUCACCUAAAUCUUUAUCAUCAACAGCUUCUCUUUCACGACCCCCCAAUGCAUCAAAACCAACAACAGCAGCAAAUCCUCCCGUAGACCCGAUCCCACUACUGCGCACUUCACAGGCCCUGCUUGCGCUACUCGACUCAGAGUAUACUGCAGCCGCAUCGAUGUUCCCGGAAACUUUAGGGACAAGUAAUGGCAAGAAUCUAAGUGAAGACAACAACGAUGACGACGACGACGACAAUCUAGAUAGCGAGGAGAUACAACAUCGACGAGCAAAACAAGUGCUGCAGAAAUUGGAGGUUACCAAACUGUUAACCAACUUGGAGCUUGCCCGACCCGUGUUGGCACAUGCACGCGAAGUGGCAUUAAACCCUGGUUCUCCUGCUCUUGCACCGCUACCGACGACCUCUAACGAGUCCCAUUUACCACCUUCCGAAGGUGUUUCUUCUUCUGCUAAUGUUUCUUGGCAUGGUUCUUGUGUUUCGGCCAGCUCGCUGGACGGAUCCAUUGACAAUAGUGAUGUCCAAAGCAUAGCAAUCGAGCCCGCAGCACCAAUACCUUUACCACUAGCAACCCAAAAUCAAACCCAAAAUCAAAAUCAACAAAAACAUUCAAUACCCUGGCACAACUCUCUCCCAGCUUCCUUGCAACUGCCGCCACCCCCACAAUCCCCAGAUUCAGCUGCCUGGCUAACCGAUCUGGGCGCACGGACCAUGGAUCUGCGGCUAGUGGUGCGUGCUCGUGAAAUGGAAAUUGCUCAACGUGAGGCUGCACGUGAAGAGGCCAGGCGGGCAGCUGAGGAAGCUGCUGCUGCGGAAGCUGCACUUGCUUCUGCAGCAGCACAGGCAGCAGCAGCACAGGCAGCAGCAGCAAAGGAUACUACUGCUGUUAAAGGAUCACGACAUAAUGGUGACGGUGAUAACAUUGCAGACGCAUUGUUUCGCCGACGGAAACCUGUAGUUGCGAGUACUGAUGGUAAUGGUGGUAAUCAGAAUUCCAGCUUAGGUGGAACAUUGACAGACGAGGAUAAAGUACGGUUACAACAAAAUGUACAGGAAUCAUUGGCUGGAGAAGUUUUGUCACUUGUGGCCACUAUUAAGCAAAACGCUCUCAAGUUCUCGGAAGCCGUACACCAUGAUUCUGCAGUACUACAGGAUGCUAGCACAGCACUUGAGAAAAGUUCUGGUGCAAUGGGCGCCGUGGGUCAGCGAUUGACUGCAUACAGGAAAACCGGGGCUAUUGGGUGGUGGUUCUACAUUAUGGCAGUGGUUGCCAUGAUUGUGGCAGUAUCUGCAGGAAUGCUUAUUAUUCGAUUAUUCCCAAAAUGGUAA